AUGAUGAACUCAACUACACAACAAGUUCUAUGCCCAAGGUUAACAAUAUCUCAUAACAAGGACGCCCACAAUUUCGACUAUUCUACUAAUGUUCUAGUUUGUAUCAUAAACGGCUUGUUGAUGCUUCCAACGACGCUGUUCAACUUGGUGUUAAUUCUUUGUAUCCUGAGAAAUCCUUCUCUUCGUAAGCCAUCGUAUUUACUCAUUUGCGCGUUGGCUUUUACCGAUUUUGGCGUUGGGGUUUUAUUACAACCGCUGUUCAUUGCGAGGAAAGUUGCUCUCAUUUUAUCACGACAAGAUUUUUACUGCAGCUUGCUUAAGUCUGGAAACAUUCUGGCCCACAUGAUCUGUAGUCCAUCAUUUUUUAUUGUAACUAUGAUUAGUAUCGAUCGAUAUCUUGCAAUCCGACUACGAACUCGAUACAACCAAGUUGUAACGGCGAAGACCGUGUUAAAGUUUCUUACUGGGUGUAUGGUAAGUGCUUUAGCAGUAACUUUAGGGAGACUGCAAGCGACUAAACCAAGUUACAUGGGAAUAGCAGCUGUUUUAAUGUUUGUACUGCUACUGGUAAUUAUGGUUUCUUAUUUCAUUUCCAUAAAAACCUUGAAGACUCAUCACCGACAGGUUCAUAGCAUCCAAGAGUCCAUGCUCGUUCAAAGUGCCCAACACAAACGUACAAUAAAAACUCUGCUGAUCAUCGUAUCUUGCUUGUUUUUGUGUUAUAUUCCUUUUGUCGGCGUGGUCAUUGCUAUUGCAAUACAAGGACGUAAUGCAAUGCUAAUGAUAGCAUGGGAAUAUACUGCAACUUUACUGUUUUUGAAUUCCUGCUUGAAUCCUCUGUUACAUCUUUGGAGAUGUAAGGAAUUGAGACAAUCUUGUGUUAGUUUGGUUUGUAAAACUUGGCACAAUUAGCCUCCAUAAAAUUAACAAGCUUAAGUUAAGCGAA